UUUCUCCUCCUUCUUCCCCAACAUCUCCACCUCUCUCUCUCUCUAAAAGAACCAAUCUCAGUUAUCUUCAAACAAACUUGAGAAACCUUAAGAUCGAGCUAGGAGUGCAUGGUCAAUAAUUCAAAUGAGAAGCUACCUAAUUUGGUUUAACUAAGAUGAUGGAGAAGAACAAUCAAGGCGACUUAGCCGAUGUAGUCCGCGCCACCACCACCGCCACCGCCACCGCAUCAAGAACUUCAAUCAACUACCCUCCCGAAUAUUUCGGCGAUCCAUUCACUUACAUCGCCGAUAUUCCUCUCAUCCAAUCCCCUCCAACCACUUCUCACCUCUUCUACAAUUCCAAUCCACCCUCAAACAUCUUCUCCAGGAUGCUCGAAAUCUCUCCGAAUAUCAAGCCACGUGAACUUCCAUCGCCGCCGCCGAGAAAUACGCCCAUCAAAAGAAGGAAAAGUCAGGCGAAGAAAGUAGUUUGUAUUCCAGCAGCAGCACCAGCAAACAGCAGAGCUACCGGAGAAGUUGUUCCAUCGGAUCUUUGGGCAUGGCGGAAGUACGGACAGAAGCCAAUCAAGGGUUCGCCUUAUCCUAGGGGCUAUUACAGAUGUAGUAGCUCAAAGGGGUGUUCGGCGAGGAAACAAGUGGAGCGGAGCCGAACCGACCCGAAUAUGCUCAUGAUCACCUACACCUCGGAGCACAACCAUCCGUGGCCUACGCAGCGCAACGCCCUCGCCGGCUCCACCCGAUCUCAACCACCCAAGACCAUCAAGGACUCAGAAAAGGAUACAAACCCCAAAAAUCACGACCACAAGGAAACCUCCAUAGACAACCAUGGAGCCGUCAAAGAAGAGGUGGAUAAUCGGGUUGAAGCCGAAUUCGACGAAACAUACAAGCCGGAUCAAGAUAGUUUUUUUGCCGAUUUGGGGGAAAUUGGAGAUAAUCCAUUGAGUUUAUUCGGACAAGGGUUUCCAUCACGUGAUGAUGGCAAUAGUCAUAGUGAUUUAGAUCCGUUUGACUUGUAUGAUUGGGCAAUCAGCACCACUGCGACAGAGGCGGAUGCGGUGGAGGACUCGGCCGGGAAAGCUUGAAAUGGUUCCUUUGAUAAUCUCUGUACAAUAUUUAGAAGGUGUUUUAUGAGGUUUGGGCUUACAUGGGAAACUUUGAUUUUUUAAUGAUUGAUUUAAUGCAACAGAUUUAAG